CAAAGCGUAAAAUAGUUUAGGGGAGAGGUUACAAACACUGCUGCUUAGUCAACGCUACAGCUACCUUAUAUUGAUUAGCUCUAUUCAUUCAUAUGAAUGUUUUAACGUCAUAGUUAAAUUGUCAUUAGCUGAGCUGUCUGGCGUCAACUCCCAACGCAAAUUCGUCGACCUGCUGCAGAUAAAUCAGUUCGCUUGGCGGCUCGUUUGCCUUGUGUCACAUGUUACACUAAGGUUAUCCCUCAUAUAUAGCGGUAUCUAGGGUAUCUAACGUAACAGCACAUGUUUUUUUUCUACACAGCUAACUUACGUCUUUAUUUAUCCAUACUACCGUUAGCUUAGCUGUAAUUCAUCAAUUGCAAAACACGAGCUGCUUUCAAAUGCUCCUCCAUUGUCGUAACUACCACUUUCGCGCGUUUCUGCUUUAAAAUAACAACACUGACCAUUUUUGUAUUUAGUGUUUAUAUUUUUAAUGCUAAAUGGUAAAACUAACAGUUAACGUUAGUUUAAAUUGACAUGACUCGAAAGUCUUUUUAGAUCGCGAUAGACUCCUCGAUCACAUCCACGUCCGUUUAUGUGCAUUUGCUAUUUCCUGAAUGUAGCAGGAGGCAGGGCUGUGGCUGUCACAAAACACUGUGCUACGUGCAGAGGUCCGACGUCGCAGUGGUGGACGGUAACAAGAUACACAGUCCGCUGCCAGGCACGUCCCCGGACCUUCAGGAUACACUGGAGAACCAGGACCGAACCAGUCAGGUCUGGGAGGAGCUCUAAACGCAGACAUCAUGGACGAUGACCUGAUGUUCAGCAUGGACGAGGAGGGCAGCGCCAAGAGACCCCCCGUCCAACGAAGUGCCCCCUGUAAGCGGGCCUCUUCCCUUAGUGACGCCAACGCCAGUGAUGACGAUGACGAAGACCACUUCAUCUGCCCCAUCCUGGACGACUCCGCCAAAGAAAUCUGUCACUACCUGAAGGAUCUGGUUCACACCCGGCAGCUGUCAAACUCUCUUCCUAAGAGCAACUUCAUGUUCAGGAAUGAAACAGAAACAGUGGCAGAAUCUCGGUCGUACAAGGUUUUGUCUGAGAGCGCACGGGAUGCAUGGAAACAUGCAAUUGAAAAGGCCAAAGCCAUGCCCGACCCCUGGGCACAGUUUCAUCUGGAGGACAUCAAGACAGAACGCUGCAUUCGUUACAGGUACAAUGCCAUCACAGGAGAAUGGGCUCAAGACCAGGUCCACCUCAAAAUGGCUGCCCAGCCAUUUGGGAAAGGGGCCAUGAGGGAGUGCUUCAGAACGAAGAAGUUGUCAAAUUUCUCACACAGCAGCAACUGGAAGUCAGCAUCUAAUUAUGUGGCUAAGAGCUACAUGGAGACCGUGGACAGAAAUGUUUAUUUUGAGGACGUCAGGCUGCAGAUGGAGGCCAAACUCUGGGGAGAAGAGUACAACCGCCACCGACCUCCCAAACAGGUGGACAUCAUGCAGAUGUGUGUGGUGGAGAUGACAGACAGACCAGGUAAACCUGUCUUCCACUUGGAACAUUACAUCGAGGGCAAGUACAUCAAAUACAACUCCAACUCCGGCUUUGUGAGGGAUGACAACAUCCGACUCACUCCACAGGCCUUCAGUCACUUCUCUUUUGAGCGAUCGGGCCACCAGCUGAUCGUGGUGGACAUCCAAGGAGUCGGAGAUCUCUACACUGACCCUCAGAUCCACACAGAGACGGGGACUGACUUUGGAGAUGGAAAUCUCGGUGUGCGAGGCAUGGCAUUGUUCUUCCACUCCCACCUGUGUAACAAGAUCUGCAAGAGUAUGGGCCUGACGCCUUUUGACCUUUCCCCUGCAGAGAAGUCCCAGCUGGACUGCACCAACAAACUGCUUUCAGCCCAAACAGUGCUGAGGGGCUGUGAGGAGCCCUGCGGUUCUCCUCGGGUUCGGACCCUGUCUACAAGCCGGGCACCUCCGCUGUUAUCCCGUCUGUCUGAGACGUCAUCUGCAGAGGAGAGCAUGAGUGACGUAGAUUCAGUUCCCUGCUCCCCUCUCAUCUUCCCCUGCUCCUCGCUUCCUGCACAUGGAUCUAUGGGCAAGUCCCCUGUCGGCUUAUCUUUUACUGGAAUGUACGAGCAGGAAAGACUCAACAGUAACAACACAGGUGAUCACAAGGAAUCUGAUAGCGGUGGUGACAGUGGCUACCCCAGCGAGAGGAGGAGUGAAGGCGACCAAAAUGACCAUGUCGACGGGGCCCAUCAUCGCUACCAAAGACAUUAUUCUGAGUCGGAUGAGGACAGUAUCAAACGGUUGACAGAGGAUAAGUGGAGCUUCUACCAUUCGUCUCGCGCUCAUGUCCACCGACCUUCCUGCGUGGCCACUGAGGUGGAGCGACUCAACGCUUUGAUGCAAAAGAAGAUCGGCCAGUCGAUCCUCGGAAAGGUCCACCUGGCGAUGGUGCGGUACCAUGAAGCGGGCCGUUUCUGUGAGAAGGAUGAGCAGUGGGAUCAGGAAUCGGCCAUGUUCCACCUGGAGAGAGCAGCACUGUGUGGAGAGCUGGAGGCCAUUGUAGCCAUGGGACAGUGCUGUCUGCAGCUGCCUCAUCACAUACUGCCAGACAUGGAGCUGGAGGAUAAUGCAGGAAACAGGAUGAGAGGUUUUAAGUAUUUGCUGCUGGCUGCUGAAGCUGGUGACAGAUCGUCUAUGAUCAUAGUGGCCAGAGCCUUUGAUACUGGGAUCAAUCUUCCAGUUGACAGAAAUCAGGACUGGGAAGAAGCGAUUCACUGGUAUGACAGUGCAUUGAACAUGACAGACUACGAUGAGGGAGGAGAGUUUGAUGGGACGCAGGACGAACCCCGCUACCUGCUGCUGGCCCGAGAGGCAGAGAUGUACCAAGAGGGAGGCCACAAACUCACCGCAGACCCACAGAGAGCAGGUGACUUGUUUACAGAAGCAGCAGAAGCUGCCAUGGCGGCUAUGAAAGGUCGAUUGGCUAACCAGUACUACAUGAAAGCUGAAGAAGCCUGGGCGCAAAUGGAGGAGUAAUUCUGGAUUCACAUUUUUAUCACAAAAAGGCCACGGGAGUUAAUGUGUCUGACUGUUAGUCAGGCCAGUUUACAUAUUUUGUAUUCUCUGCGUGUGUGACUUCAGCCCUCUAGGAUCAGGUAUAGGUGUCCAGGUUACUAUUUUUUUUUUUAUUUCAUGUUUGUGAAAUGAGUUGUCCUGAUUUUUCUUUUCUUUAAUUCCCUCUCUGAUGACCUUUUGGCUAAGUGAAUGUUGUAUGAAAGAAAAGCUCUUAAGAAUCAAAACAAACAAACAAUGUUUACUGACUUUGACCCAAAUGUUAACACAUUUCUGUUGGAAGAACAUAUGUAUAAAAUGCCUGGAGUAUAAAACUGUAAAAUAAAGUAUGCAUUGCUUUUUAUGGGUAAA